AUGGUUCGGCGGCGCGCUUCAAAGUCAGGACCGAAGGAAAAAGGGAAACCACGUCCGAUCGACCGCAAGGACAGCAAGAUCAACCGAUGGAAUACUGCAGAUGAUAUUCCACUCGACGAAGAGGACCAAUUUCAUGCCUCGAGAGACGAAAUAUUGCUUGACGGGGACAGGUAUGGCAUCCCGGACGACGAUGAAGACGUAGAGGAAGAAGUCUUCGGCCUCAAAGGCAUACCAGCCGAUUCCGACUCUGACGACGAAGAAGAUGAGGAUGCAGAGAUGGAUGACGAAGAGGAUCUGGAUGAAGAAGAACUUCCAAGCACGAAGAAGUCUUCCAAAUCCAAAACCACACCAAAAUCAAAAUCCCAGCCCGGGUUCGCAUCCGACGAAGAUGAGGAAGGCGACGAAGAGGAGGAAGAUGAGAGUUGGGGUCGCUCGAAGGCUGCGUAUUAUUCUUCCAAUGCUGCAGAACUUGACUCCGAGGACGAGGAGGCGCAUGAACUUGAAGAGCAGGAGGCGAAGAGGUUGCAAGCGAAGGCGAGAGAAAGCAUGACAGACGCAGAUUUUGGCCUUGGGGAUAUUGUGGAGGAGGCGGAUACAAUGGACGAGGUUUCUGGUGACUUCCUGGAGCCCGUGCCAGAAGUGGUCGUUGAGCCUGCGUUGCAGGACAAGAAAGCUAUUCUACGUAAUGUCGAGAAGACGAACCCCGAAACACUUGCUCUCGCGUAUGAUUGGGAAGACACCGCGCAAAAGCUUGUCCGUUCCCAACAAAAACUCAAAAGGCUCGAGCUCGAACAGCCAGACGCCCUCAGUACCGGCAUGGUUCAUCUCCACUAUCAAACUCUCCUGACCUACGCCACAACACUCGCAUUCUACCUCCACCUCCGCACCCUUCCCAAAUAUACGUCCCAACCCCUCCUUCUCCGCGCACAUCCCAUAUUCUCCCGUCUUCUUCAACUCAAGCAAGCCUUGUCGACAUUGGAAGAGCUUGACUUCGACCUGUCUUCCGACUCCGAUGUGGACUCUGAGGAAGGCGAUAGCGAGGACGACGAUUACGAGGAUAUGAAUUUGGAUAUCGAAGAAGAUAUGGCCGCACUCAAGAGGCUUCAGGACGAAGAGGAGGACGAAGAGGAGGAAUCGACCACUGGAUAUGGUGGCAUGGAGAGGGUGUUGAGGCUCAAUGCGGGCGCGGGUGGGAAAGGUAAGAAGGCCAAGGGCAAAGGAAGUUCGACGAAAGUCGACUUCAACGAGCUCGCAAGACUGUUGGAAGAGGCAGAGCAGGGUCUUCCUGAUCGUCUCAGACCUAAUCCUCAGGUGAAGACGAAGGUGAAGGUGAACAAGCAGUCGGAUGUAGACGUGGCGGAACCACCGGCCAAGAAGCGGAAAACGUCGAAGACGAAGGCUACACCUGCUCCGACGUUCGAUCUCGUCGAACCCGAAUUCGUGUCGUCGCGUCCAUCUUCUUCGAAAUCAAACUCCACGUUGACCAUCAACGACUCUUACGGCGACCAAACUGCGCUCACCUCCACCGACAUUGCCGAUAAAUCUGCAAGACGGCACACGCUUCGCUUCCAUACCUCUAAAAUUGAAUCUUCCGCUGCACGGCGUUCUGGGGCGCGUGCUGCGUUGGGAGGAGAUGACGACGUUCCUUAUAGGGAGAGGAGGAAAGAGAAGGAUAUCAAAGAGCGGAAGGAGAGAGAGAAGAGGAAAGCGGGAGGGAAGUUGGGAAUGGGCGGAGAUGAUCUGGAUGACGAGGAGCCGGAGACGAAGGAGAAGAAAUCGAGGGCUAGAGGGGCGGAUGAAGAGAAUGAUGGAGAGGGAGACACAGAUAUGUUAGAUGGAGAGGGAUAUUAUGAACUGGUAUCGAAAGCAAGGAAGGACAAGAAGGAGAAAAAGAAAAAGGAACAUGACGAGGAGAAAUUCGCCUCUAGACCCGACGUCGACAUCGAGCCUUCUGAUGAAUCAGGUCCCCGAUCCCUCACCCGCGCUAUCCUCAAGAACCGUGGCCUCACACCACACCGUUCCAAAUCCGUGCGCAAUCCGCGUGUCAAGAAGCGCCAGAGAUACGACAAGGCGCAGAAGAAGCUUGCGUCACAACGGGCGGUGUACAAGGGCGGGAUCGGGGACGCGAGCAAGUAUGCGGGCGAGCAAUCGGGUAUCUCCAAGGUUGUCAAGAGUGUGCGGUUUGGAGAGUGAUCUGUUUUGCUGGUGUGUUGAUGGGCGGUGUCCUUGCUUAUGUUGUAAUAGACUGCCUGCAGGUCUUCAUUCGCUGUGUCAAGGCAACUUGAGUUGUUCCGU